AUGUGGCUUCUCGGCACAUUCUCCUGCAUUCUCCUUUCCUUCCUCAAUCAGUUCUUCUGGUACCGUACGGAGCCUCUCUCCAUAACCGCCAUCUCGGCCCAAAUAGCCGUGGUCCCCUUGGGCCAGCUCAUGGCUUCCAAGAUCACGGCCCGAGUUUUCUUCAAAGGGACGAAAUGGGAAUUCAGCCUCAAUCCGGGCCCGUUUAACGUCAAGGAGCACGUGCUGAUCACGAUAUUCGCCAACUCCGGCGCGGGGACAGUGUACGCCAUUCACGUCGUGACAGCUGUCAAGGUGUUCUACAAGAAGAACAUCACGUUUUUCGUGUCGCUCAUUGUUGUUGUUACGACUCAGGUGCUCGGUUUUGGAUGGGCCGGGAUAUUCAGAAGGUAUUUAGUCGAGCCAGCUGAAAUGUGGUGGCCGGCUAAUUUAGUUCAAGUCUCGCUCUUCAGAGCCUUACACGAGAAAGAAGCUCGGACGAAAGGAGGUGUAACACGAACGCAGUUUUUCAUCAUAUCAUUUGUGUGCAGCUUUGCUUACUACAUUUUCCCUGGCUAUCUAUUCCAAAUGCUCACAUCCCUCUCAUGGAUCUGUUGGAUCUUCCCAAAAUCAAUUCUGGCCCAACAGCUUGGAUCGGGCCUCAAUGGUCUUGGCAUAGGCGCUAUCGGGCUCGACUGGUCCACCAUCUCGUCUUACCUCGGGAGCCCGUUAGCCAGCCCAUGGUUCGCUACUGCCAAUGUGGCCGUCGGUUUUUUCUUCGUCAUGUAUGUUGUGACUCCACUAAGCUACUGGUUCGACAUUUACGGCGCAAAGACCUUCCCCAUUUUUUCGGAUGAGCUUUUCACCUCGUCUGGUCAGAUAUACAACAUUUCGAGCAUUAUAGACUCAAAUUUUCGACUCGAUAAAAUGGCCUAUGAGCGUGCGGGCCCUCUCCACCUCAGCACGUUUUUUGCCAUGACGUAUGGGGUUGGAUUUGCCGCGCUUAGUGCCACCGUCAUGCAUGUUGCUCUGUUUCAUGGAAGAGAAAUAUGGGAGCAAAGCAAAUCGAGUUUUAAGGAAAAGAAAAUGGAUAUACACACGAGGCUGAUGAGCAAGUAUCGACAAGUGCCCGAGUGGUGGUUUUGGUGCAUUCUUGCCGUUAAUAUAUCGCUCACGAUAUUCGCGUGUGAAUAUUACGAAGAACAGCUUCAGCUUCCAUGGUGGGGUGUCGUUUUAGCCUGCGUGAUCGCCGUCUUCUUUACUCUCCCGAUUGGGAUAAUUACUGCCAUAACUAACCAGUCACCGGGCUUGAACAUCAUAACCGAGUACAUAAUCGGGUACAUCUACCCGGGAUACCCGGUUGCUAACAUGUGCUUCAAAGUCUACGGUUACAUCAGCAUGACGCAAGCUAUCACGUUCCUUCAAGACUUCAAACUCGGGCACUACAUGAAAAUUCCACCAAGAACCAUGUUCAUGGCACAGGUGUCUUCUGACGUGUGGACAUGCCCGUCAGACCACGUUUUUUACGAUGCCUCGGUUAUAUGGGGCCUUAUUGGGCCUCGCAGGAUCUUCGGGGACCAAGGGACUUAUGCAAUGAUCAACUGGUUUUUCUUAUUCGGGGCUUUAGCUCCCGUGCUUGUUUGGCUUGCCGCACGGGCCUUUCCAGCUCGGGCUUGGAUAAGGCUCGUGAACAUGCCGGUUCUUAUAGGGGCUUGUGGGAUGAUGCCACCUGCCACAGCAGUUAACUACACGACAUGGAUUUUGGUCGGUUUUCUGUCGGGUUACGUGGUGUACAGUUACAGGCCCGAUUUGUGGCAGCGGUAUAAUUACGUGUUAUCGGGUGGUUUGGAUGCGGGAUUAGCGUUUAUGGGGGUGGUUUUGUAUAUGUGCUUGGGAUUGGAAGGGAUUGGGGUGGAUUGGUGGGGGAACGAACUCGAUGCGUGUCCGUACGCUUCGUGUCCGACGGGGAAAGGGGUCGUGUUCGAGGGAUGCCCCGUGAUGUCCUGA